GUCUCUGUAUUGACUUAUUCUCUGAGCCGACUCAAAUUUACGAUCCAAGAAUGGGCAAGAUCCGGUGAUAUGCAUCGGGAUCAAGAAAUUAAUCAAAAUUUCUCCUGUUUCUUUGAGUUUCCCGGUUUAUCAGAUUCUGUCUGUUAUCUCAUCUUCGUAGUUUUUAUUCAUUGACUUUUUUCCUUUGUGGGGUUUUUUUUUUUUUUUUUUUGGUUUACUUUCUAUAGAUAGAGCAUUUCUGAGGCUAGUUUGCAUGCCCAUACGAUUUUCUCCGUCAAUUCUGCGCACAAAAAAAUGGCUCCUGGAUGUGAAGGUGGCUGCUUAGAAGGACAAGCUAUUGUUAUUAUGGGUGUCAGUGGUGCUGGGAAAUCAACCAUAGGCAAUCUGCUAGCAGAGGUUUUAGGCUGCUGCUGCUUCAUUGAUGCUGAUGAUUACCAUCCACAGUCUAAUAAAGGUAGCAACAAACAGAGGGGUUUCAAUCUAGCUUAUUGGUUUCACCAUCAUCAUUGGCUAAUGCAAAUUUCUGGUUUUUUGAUUUACUGGUGAAAUUUAUUCUGUGUUUCUUGUAGAAAAGAUGAAGAAUGGGAUUCCUCUGUCUGAGGCAGAUCGCAUCCCGUGGCUUGAAACACUCAGAGAUUCCCUGAAAGGAGGUAUUGCAAAUGGUGAAUUUGUCAUCCUUGGUUGCUCAGCUCUGCAGCCGCAUUACCGCGAAAUCCUAAGAUCUGCAGACCAAAAUUAUAAACCAGGUUCCUAUGUUUGUAAAGUUAAAUUUGUGCUGUUGGAUGCUCCAGCUGAGGUGCUUGCUGCUCGGCUCGAAAGAAGGGCCGCAGAAGGGAAGCAUUUCAUGCCUGCUAAGCUCUUGCAGUCUCAAUUGGAUUUGCUUCAGAUCGAGGAAUCUGAAGGGAUAAUCAAGGUUGAUGCCACAUUAGAACCUUCAACAAUAGUGAACAAGAUACAAGAUUCAAUAGUUAAACCUCAGUCACAUUGAGUUCCAAAGCAUUUUAUGUAGCAUUCCCUGGGGUAUUACCCUCUUAUCCUGGAAUGAUUAAUGUGUUACUACUGAUUUUUCAGUCCCAACAAAAGCCGUUUCAAUAUCUUAAGCCAACCAAACUUCUCGCGCAUUCUUGCAACCAGUACCUUUUCAGUGAUCAACAAAGACCAAAACAAUCACUGAUCAUAAAAAUGCAUUGGUUUGUGAAUGCUCAAUGACAAAUCCAGUACUUCACCAGUGUUCAACACAAACUAUAUUCCCUACUCAGUGAAACCACACUAAAACACGGUUGAAGGGUAUGGAAUCUUCUGAACUUUGCUUGCAGGUUACUUCUUUCUUUUGUCGGAAGUAUGAGCAUUUGAAGAGAGUCAAGAGACAGAUGUUGGUGAAGGCAACUUAGAAUCAAUUACAACCUCUGCAUUGUUUUCAGAGGCACUAUCAUCUGUGACAGACAAAUUAGAGCCAACAUUUUCUUGGUUUUGUAAAUCAGGAUUAGCAACUCAGGGUGCUGUAUCCUGACUAACAAUUUCUAAAUCCACAAGGUAAGGGAAUGUUAUAUAGAGUCUGAUCUUCCUUUCACUAUUCAAGAAAUAAGACAAUGGAAAGAGAUACUUAACUAGAGUUAAUCUUAAUCACAUAAAAACAUGAUUUAUUUUCAUGGACAGUAG